AUGGAGAAAAGACCUAGCGCCAUUGAAGUCACGGAAGGCGAGGGUGGCCGUUCCGAAUCCUCUCCCGCCGUCCCCAAACAUUCCUCGACGCCGCCUACACUAUCUACGCAGCCGCUGACAACUUCUGCUAUCAUUGACGCUACCCUCAAAUUUUUAGCAAACGCGAGCAAUGAGACUCUUGGAGCCUGUGCGGUCGGCCUAUGCGCUUCGACUUACCUCGUGCUUGGUCGCGUUGGCUUAGUCCUGAUCGGCGCAGUCGGGGGCGUCGUUCUUCACGCUACCUGGGAAAGUCAAUAUGGAGGCCGGUCGCAGGAAGAGAAAGCCGAGCUGGACCAGCGCAGGAAAGAGUUGGGUGUGGAAGUCGCGCAGAGAGUGCUCGACUGGCGGGAGAGGAGGCCACCACGAGAUAACGAGAACGAUCCCAACGAAGCCAAGAUACUCGACUAUUCUGACUUCGAGCCUGAGACCAGAGCGUCGCUCAUCAACUUCACUGAUGCUGUCAUGCGAGACUAUGUCAGAUGGUGGUAUAGCCCUCUGCUUCCGAAAGACCAGUCCUUUCCAGCAGCUGCCAGAAAUACCUUCACCAGCUUCGUUCUCUCCUUUUCCAAUCAUCUGUCGCGCAAACGGGCUGCUGAACCCGUCCUCGACUUCUUUGCCAACUCGACCUCCAUCAUUAUCGUGUUCUUGAACGAGCUAUCUACCGCCAUCAAGGCAUCGUCGAAUCAGGAUGCCGAGACGGCCAUCAAGACAUACCUCCAGUUCCAACCCGAAAGCAAUCUAGCCAAUGUUCUGAGCAAGGAUCAGCAGGACCGAAAGUUCAACCUCGUGGCGGAUGACAUCUUGCAAAACUUCCUCGACCCCAAAGCAUACAACUGUCCUCUGGUAAAGGCUUUCCUCCGGGAGGUGUUGGCAGGCCUUGUCCUGGAGACCACCGUCGAAAUGUGUUCGAAGCCAGAAUGGAUAAACGGCUGGAUUGUGUUUUUAUUGGAGCAGGGAGAGCCUGAGAUCAUGAACGCUAUAGAUGCCGGGGUGGAAGACAUGAGCGAAGCUAUGUCCCACACAAAGGAGAACAUAGAUCCCGGGAAAUCACACACUAGACGGGUGAGCAGGGCGGAAGAAGCCAUGCAAGAGGCGAUGCGUGAAGCCCAACGGCUUAAUGAGAUGAUUGCCGAAGAUGAAGCCCGGCGGAAACGUGGUGUGCCUGCUAGCGAACCGGAAGAGACGAGUUCGGUGGCGACAAACGACGUCGGGCUGGCCACACCCACCUCUUCUGAUAGUGACCGGAACCGCCAAGCAGAAUCGUCACUCGACACAUCCUUGGUCUUCGACAACGACGGCAAUGCCUAUUCGUCGACGAGCCCCAGUCCCACCAAGGAGCAGGCUUCCUUUACGAACUUUGACCAGAUGAUGGAGACGGUCUCUAAUGUUGUGCCGCCCUCGCCUGUGUCGACAGCUCCCGCACCUGUUGAAGUCAUGGUGGCGGUUCCAUUGACCCUACACAACGCAUCUAUCACCAUCUUGGACCUGGGCGACUUGAACGAAAAAUCAACCUUCCGCCAGAGACCCAAUAACGAAUACCUGCUGCAAAUCGAACCAGCGUCGCAUCGUUUCCCCGGCUGGAUGGUAUCACGCAGAUAUCCCGACUUUGAACCGCUCCACCAGACCCUCACAACGAUAGCCCGCAUCUCUGGAGUUCCCGAGUUUGGUCAGAAGUAUCCGAACCUGCCGACCUGGAGAGGUCAGACAAGUUCCACGCUUAACCAGAGCUUGGAGGCGUACCUGAGGUUUAUAGUCAGAUAUGAGCCACUGGCUGAGACAGAGGCCAUGAAGAAGUUCUUGGACAAGGAGACUGGUCUACAGAAAGCGCCUGCGCAGAGCAAGAACGUCCUCGUGCAAGGGGGCGCCGCGCUGGAAAACGUGGGCAAGAACUUCAUCAGUGUGCUGGGUCAAGGCGGAAAGAACAUCGCUGGCGGCGGCAAGGCUGUACUUGGAGGUGUGCAGGGUGUUUUUGGUGCAGUGGCUACCGGAGUGCAGGGUGCGCCGAAGAGAUUGAUCCCUACGAGACCUAGCCCUGCGAGAACUCCAUCCGGGCAGCCGUCGAUCUCUACUCCGAGGUUCAGCCAAGAACUACCCAGGCAAAGCUCUGAUAGCAUAGAGUCCAGACCAUCACAGUUGCCAGCAAGACCAAGCGUUGAAACUCCAAAUCAAGAAUACGCUCAGUCGCCAAUCAGCCAGAAUGGUUCAGCACGGCAAUCGGAAGAGAGCAUUUCAAUGCCUCCACUGCCGAGUAUGAUUUCAGAUGACUAUCAGCCCUCAUCUAUAUCAAAGCCUGCGACACCGCCACGACCUCGGCAGGACACGAUCACUCCGACAACACCUGCACCAUCCAUGAAGCCGGAGGAUGUAGUGUCGGCGCUUGCCACGAACAACGCUGCCAAAAAGGCUCCGUCCCGAAAAGUCAAGAAGGAUAUCCCCAUCUCCGAAGAAGAAACGCGCAUCCUGAUUGAACUCAUUUUCGCCAUUCUGACUGAGCUGUACUCAAUGGGCGGUGCCUGGUCAAUCAGGUUGUCUCUCCUCGGUGCAGCCAAGACGUUUCUUCUACGCCCGAACAAUCCACAGCUCGAAUCCAUCCGCACACUGAUCCAGGAAAGUGUCGUGGACGCCAACUUUUCUGAUAAAGGAUUAGCGACUCACAUCAACACACUCCGAUACAAUACUCUGCCUACGGCGGAAGAAAAAGCGACUUGGCCCAAGGAACUGACGCCAGAGGAGAAAGAAAUGCUGCGCAUAAAAGCCAGGAGACUGCUUGUUGAACGAGGCAUGCCGCAGGCCUUGACAAGCGUCAUGGGCGCGGCGGCCAGUGGAGAAGCUCUAGGCAAGGUAUUUGACUGUUUACAGGUCGGAAGUGUUGCCCGAGGGUUGAUAUUCGCGCUUAUGUUACAGGCUAUCAGGGCCACGACGCAAUAG